GGCGGCGGCGGGGCCGGGCCGGGGCCGGGCGCUGGGUGGGCCGGGGCCGGGGCCGGAGCCGGAGCCGGGGCCGGAGCCGGAGCCGGAGCUGGAGGCGGGCGAAACCGGAGCGGCCGGGGGCGGCCACGGUGAUGAGCCGGGCCUGGCGGACGCGGCGCCAUCGCAGUCAGAAGGAAGAGGCCCUGCAGAAGAGACUCGCUGAGCCACCCCCGCUCCACUCCAUGUUGGCUGUGCUCUCAGGCUGGCGCCAUGCCCCCCCCUGCAGAGGUGACGGAUCCGUCCCAUGCCCCCGCCGUCCUGCGCCAGCUCAAUGAGCAGCGGCUCCGUGGCCUCUUCUGUGACGUCACCCUCAUAGCCGGAGACACCAAGUUCCCUGCUCACCGCAGUGUCCUGGCUGCUUCUAGUCCCUUCUUCAGAGAGGCCCUGCUCGCUUCAGCCCCACUGCCCCUCCCACCAGUUACUGGGAGCUCAGCCCCCAACCCUGCCACCACCACAGCUGCCUCCUCCUCCUCCUCCUCCUCCUCUUCCUCCUCCUCCUCCUCUUCCUCUUCCUCCUCCUCUUCCUCUUCCUCCUCCUCCUCCUCCUCCUCUUCUUCCUCCUCCUCUUCUUCUCCUCCAGCCUCACCCCCUGCUUCAUCCCCACCCCGGGUCCUGGAGCUGCCAGGAGUCCCAGCAGCCGCCUUCUCUGAUGUCCUCAAUUUCAUCUACAGUGCCCGGCUUGCACUACCUGGCGGUGGAGGGGACGGGGCAGCUGUGGCAGAGAUCGGAGCUCUGGGGCGGCGUCUGGGCAUCUCCCGCCUGCAGGGCCUGGGGGAGGGAGGUGAUGCCUGGGUACCUCCUGCCCCAGCCCCCAUGGCCACCUCACAGCCUGAAGAGGACAGCUUCGGGCCUGGGCCUAGGCCAGCUGGAGAAUGGGAGAGUGACAGGGCUGAGGCCCAGGCUCCUGACUCACAGCCCCCCCUGCCCCGGCGGCCCCUCCCCUGCCCCCGAUGUGGGAAAAGCUUCAUCCAUCCCAAGCGGCUACAGACCCAUGAGGCACAGUGCCGACGGGGGGCCAGCACUCGGGGGUCUGCAGGGCUGGGAGCAGGCGGCUCUGGCCCCAGUGGUCCUGCAGGAGUGGAUGCCUCAGCCCUGCCCCCACCAGUGGGCUUCCAUGGUGGCCCAGAGCACGUGGUGAAGGUGGUGGGUGGCCACGUGCUAUAUGUGUGCGCGGCCUGUGAACGUUCCUACGUGACCCUGUCCAGCCUGAAGCGGCACAGUAAUGUACACUCGUGGCGGAGGAAGUACCCCUGCCGCUAUUGUGAGAAGGUGUUCGCCCUGGCUGAGUACCGCACCAAGCACGAGGUGUGGCACACCGGGGAACGCAGGUACCAGUGCAUCUUCUGCUGGGAGACCUUUGUCACUUAUUAUAACCUGAAGACCCACCAGCGAGCCUUCCAUGGCAUUAGCCCGGGCCUCCUGGCCAGUGAGAAGACACCCAAUGGAGGCUAUAAGCCCAAGCUCAAUACCCUCAAGCUGUACCGCCUGCUCCCCAUGCGGGCAGCCAAGCGGCCCUACAAGACCUACAGCCAGGGAGCCCCCGAAGCCCCCCUUUCUCCAAGCCUCAACACACCGGCCCCUGCAGCAAUGCCAGCCAGCCCACCACCUGGACCCCCACCUGCCCCAGAGCCUGGCCCUCCACCCUCUGUCAUCACUUUUGCCCACCCAGCUCCAUCUGUCAUUGUUCAUGGGGGCAGUAGCAGUGGUGGAACAGGGAGUGGGCCAGCCAGCACAGCGGGGGCCCAAGCCGCCUCGGUCAUCACUUACACUGCUCCCCCAAGGCCUCCCAAAAAACGUGAGUACCCACCUCCUCCCCCUGAGCCUGCAGCCACACCAGCAAGCGUAGCCACAGCAGUCAGCCCAGCAACAGCCGCAGGGCCCGCCACAGCCACAGAGGAGGCCAAGGGCCGGAACCCACGGGCUGGAAGGACUCUGACAUACACGGCCAAGCCAGCUGGUGGGAUUGGUGGGGGCGGGGGUCCCCCUGCAGGCCCUGGCCGGGGCCCCUCUCAGCUACAGGCCCCACCUCCACUGUGUCAGAUCACUGUGCGAAUCGGUGAGGAGGCCAUUGUCAAGCGCCGCAUCUCAGAAACUGACCUGCGUCCUGGGGAGCUGAGCGGAGAGGAGGUGGAGGAGAGUGAGGAGGAGGACGAAGAGGAAGACGAUGAUGAUGAUGAGGAGGAGGAGGAGGAGGAGGAGGAAUCAAAGGCUGGUGGGGAGGACCAGCUCUGGAGGCCCUACUACUCGUACAAGCCCAAGCGCAAGGCUGGAGCUGCAGGCACAGGCAGCACUGGGGGCAGCGGGAUGCCCAGAGGCCGCCGGCCGCCACGCUGGAGACAGAAGCUGGAACGGAGGAGCUGGGAUGAGACCCCCGCGGCCGAGGGCGCUGCAGGGCGUGCCCGUGGUGAGCGGAGGCACCGCUGCGGGGACUGUGCCCAGACAUUUGCCACCCUGAGGAAGCUGCGAAAGCACCAGGAGGCCCACAGUGGAGGUUCCCACGGCUCCCGGGCUGGACGUCGGCCUUCCACCCGCUUUGCCUGCCCUCACUGCGCCAAGGUGUGCAAGACGGCAGCCGCCCUGAGCCGCCACGGGCAGAGGCAUGCUGCUGAGCGGCCCGGGGGUACCCCCACACCUGUCAUUGCCUAUUCCAAGAGCAGCGCUGGCACCAGACCUGGGGAUGUCAAGGAGGAAGCCCCCCAAGAGAUGCAAGUCUCCUCAUCCAGCGGGGAGGCAGGUGGCGGGAGCGCUGCUGCUGAGGAAGCUUCCAAGACCGCCUCACUCCAGGACCCUGUCAUCUCGGGGGGUGAGGAGCCCCCAGUGGUGGCUGGAGCGGGCACCUAUGCAUACCCUCCUAUGCAGGAAUUUCCACUGGCUCUAAUUGGGAGUGGCCGGGAACCUGGCAGUGGCAGGGGAAAACCUGGGAGUGAGGGGCCAGUGGGGGCUGGGGAGGGAGACCGGAUGGAGGCGAUGGGGGCUGCCAAAGUCACCUUCUACCCCGAGCCCUACCCACUCGUCUAUGGCCCCCAGCUCCUUGCUGCCUACCCUUACAACUUCAGCAACUUGGCCGCUCUCCCGGUUGCUCUUAACAUGGUCCUACCUGAUGAGAAGGGAGGGGGGGCCCUUCCCUUCCUACCAGGGGUCUUUGGCUACGCAGUCAAUCCUCAAGCAGCACCCCCUACUCCCCCAACGCCACCCCCCCCACCUCUUCCUCCACCAGUCCCCCCUAAGGGAGAAGGGGAAAGGGCAGGGGUUGAGAGAACCCAGAAGGGAGAUGUGGGGUGAGCUCUGGGCCCAGAUCUCCCCUUUCACCAGAUGCCUCCCUCCCUGAACCCCCCGCCACUACCAGCUCCCUGGCUUCCCUGCCCCUUGGGAGUCCCUCCACACUCUUGUGCAGGGACUUGGGGGCCCCUGGAGCUCAGGGGUCAGGCUGCUUUGUGUGAGAUUGUAGUUUUCCCAUCUCCUGGGAAGGGAUCUUUGGUGGUUCCCCUCUCAGUUCUCCUCCAGGGAAUGGCCUCCAUGAGGGGCGGGGCCAGCUCCCAUCCCUUCUCCAGCCCUUGGGGCAACUGAGCAAUAUACUUAUAAGAAUCUCUACUCAUGGCCCCCACCAGCUCUGAAUGUCUAACCCUCCCCCCUAAUUCGUAAACCUAGGGGGAAACCAUCUCUCUCCCAUAGUGAUCCCCUCUCAUUCUGAAGCUUUCUCUAAGCCCUUCCCUAGAUGCUUCCUAGCACAUUCCAUUCUUCGUGGCCCAGGGCCUGGACCAGACCAUUGUGAUACCUGACCUCCC